AUCGUCUUGGAGCAAACUUCAAAGUGACUUGCCUGGCGUCGACGUGUCGUUUUCCAGAAGCAGUUUCCGGCGAUCUGUUUAAGCCUUUUUGGAUGGAGGAAGGAACUUCAGGUUCACGGAGAACACGGUCUCAAGUUGCUCCAGAAUGGGCAGUCAAAGAUUGUCUAGUCCUCGUGAAUGAGAUCGCUGCGGUUGAAGCCGAUUGUUCGAAUGCUUUAUCUAGCUUCCAGAAAUGGACAAUGAUCACAGAGAACUGCAACGCUUUGGAUGUUAGCAGAAAUCUAAACCAAUGCAGGAGGAAAUGGGAUUCUUUGAUGUCUGAUUACAAUCAGAUCAAGAAGUGGGAAUCUCAGUACCGAGGCACUGGUCGUUCCUAUUGGUCCCUGAGUAGUGACAAGAGGAAGUUACUUAAUCUCCCGGGGGAUAUCGAUAUCGAGCUUUUUGAAGCCAUCAAUGCGGUUGUGAUGAUCCAAGAUGAAAAAGCUGGGACUGAAUCUGAUAGUGACCCUGAAGCGCAAGACGUUGUUGAUCUCUCUGCUGAAUUAGCUUUUGUAGGAUCAAAAAGAUCAAGACAGCGAACAAUGGUCAUGAAGGAGACAAAGAAAGAAGAGCCACGGACUAGCCGAGUUCAAGUAAACACUCGAGAGAAACCUAUAACUACAAAAGCAACCCAUCAGAACAAAACCAUGGGAGAGAAGAAGCCGGUGGAAGAUAUGUCCACAGAUGAAGAAGAAGAUGAAACAAUGAACAUAGAAGAGGAUGUAGAAGUGAUGGAAGCGAAGCUAAGUUAUAAAAUUGACUUGAUACAUGCGAUAGUCGGGAGAAAUCUAGCAAAGGAUAAUGAAACAAAGGAUGGUGUUAGUAUGGACGACAAGUUGAAGUCUGUGAGACAGCAAGGAGACGAGCUCAUCGGUUGUCUGAGUGAAAUUGUUAGUACCCUUAAUAGGCUUCAUGAAGUUCCACAAGAAAUCGAGUGAUUUACAAUGUGAAUAAACUAUCAGUUGUAAAUGCUUAGCCAUGAAUCGUAAUAAUGUUGUAGACUUGUAGACUUUCAAAAGCUGUCUGUAAUCUGUCAAGUAU